UACCCUUUUCAUGUUGGUGGCAAGUCAGCGCAGCGACAGUUGGUGCCUGGUGUCGGCCUCCCCACGCGCUAUACGUGACAUUUCCCUGAAACUCUGAACUAAACUAAGAGCGUUCUGUAACUGUGGAAACGGAAGAACAACAAACGAGGGGCAUAUCUCCACUCAGCUGAAGACUACAGGAAGAUGAGGAGGAUUAUUGCUGAAGAUCCAUAUUGGACCCUGACUGCAGUGCCAUGUUUGUCAAACCUCUGUCUGCAAUGCCUCGUGAACAACUUUGAAAAAAAGCCUAUAUGUGAAGAACUCACAGCUAGCCAGAAAGACUUCAUUCAAGAAAGGCUGUCCCCUUCUCUUCCCCUGCACCUGACAGCCAACUUGGUCACUGACGGUGUCUACUGGAAGCGGUGCUGCGAGCAGAAGUGGGACGUAUGUGACGUCUCUCAUUAUGGUCACAGCUGGAAACGAAUGUUCUUUGAGAGGCACUUGGAGAACAUUAUUGAACUUUUUAUCCCUAAAGAAACAGACCCAAAAGUAGUCCUACAGAUGGUCCCACUGUGUAAAAACUAUGUCAAGAGGCUGGACAUCUCCCAGCUGCUGCCGCCUAUCAAGGAGCCCCAGAGGGAGGAAGAGGAGGAUGGAUCAGACGUGGCAAUGGACAUUGAGUAUGAUGGACCUGGAAUAGACCACUUUGACUUUGGCAUACUGCUUGACGAGCUGACAAACUUGGAAGAGCUGCAUCUGACGUACGGCUUUAAACAAUGUGGUAUGAAUUUUGAAUGGAAGAUGUUUGAAAUGACCGACCGAGACUGCGAGUCCCUCGCCAAGGCCCUGAAAUCCUGUAGGACCUUGAAGCUUUUGAGGCUCCAUCAAAGUCACAUUGAAGACAAAAAGUGUCGGCUGCUUGUGAAAUACCUUAUAGAUCAUCCCUCUCUGAGGGCACUUGACUUUUCCCACAAUCUGAUCGGAGACAGUGGAGCCAGAGCAAUUGGCAAACUGCUCACCAAGAGUAAACUGGAGAUCCUUAACAUGUGUGACAACAACAUUAGCGGUGUGGGAGCCAAAGCUAUAGCUCACGCUUUGUCCAAGCCCUCCAGUCUUUUGUCACUCAACCUGCGUCUCAACCAUCUGACGGAUGAGGGGGGUGAGGCUAUUGCCAAGGCUAUGCUGAAAAACAACACCCUUCUUCACCUGCACCUUGGAGGCAAUAAGGUGACUUGGCUUACUGCUAUCGCCCUGUCUGAGGUGCUAGUACAGAAUAACUCCCUGAAAAGCAUCAAUCUUUCCAGCAACAAGUUGGGUGAGGUUGGAGGAAAAGCUUUGGAGAAGGCAAUGUCUCAUAACACCAGUGUAACAGAAUGUGAUAUCCACCUGACAGAAGUUAAUGAGCAGAGUGUUUCCUCCAUUAACCAGUUGGUUUGGACCAACCAGAGUUUACAACAAAAGAAACAUGCUAAAUAAAAGAAAACGUGGACGUCAGUCCCCCUUUUUGUAAUAUAUACCCGACUUUACCAUUCAUGGCCUUUGUCCCAUGUGUUCAUCUAAAACCCUUCUACUGUAUACUAACACUGCAUCACUAACCAAUAGCAAAAUUCAAACUUAAUCUAAAACAGAAAAGGUAUAGUUGUGUCCUGUACUACUUCUACAUCCAGGUAAUAUGAUGCCACUUUACGAUCUUUGUACUAUCUUGAAUCUAGUAUGUGGUAUCAGGUUGCUGCUGAAAGUUAGUCUGGUGAUAUUUAGUUUUUGGGGGUUUUUUGUCAAAUCUAUGAAAAGAUCAAAAUUCACAUCAGUGAGUCACAGUGUCAGCCACACCUAAAAAUGCAAGCAGUGUACAGUUUUUAGAAAAGGAAUAUGUUUAUUUGUGAUGUGUUUAAAAUCUUUAUUAGGAAUCAGUGAACUUGGAAGUGAAAAACAGAGUAGAGGUAAGUUGUACAGUUUUAAGAAAUGGACUAAUACAUUGUUGGUUCUGUCAUGUUUGUUUAGGCAAACCCUGAAAGACCCCCUCUGGUGAAGACUUUUUCUUUUUUUAAUCUCUACAUGUCCAUGUUUUUUGUUCAUGUGAUGGAAGACACAUCAUGAUAUAAAUAAGAAGUUAACAUGAUGGCUGGGCAUUUCCAGUUAGAAUCAACAACAUACUGAUGAUAGUCUGAAAAACACAGAUUUCGACUUCCAGGGUUACACAUAUAACAAGAAAAGCACUCAGAGAGUGCAGUACUCUGCCAAGGCUGCUCAGUCGCUGUAUGAUUUCUGACGAAUUAAAUCUUUAAAAAAUUCAUGGUGCGCAGUGGUCGAUUUGUAGUUGGAUUGCAAUCGUGAUCGUCAGCAAGCAGCGGAUGUAGGAUGACUUGUUGUCAUAGAUACAGUGACGCUGUGCCACUAGCUCGUAAUGAUUCGGAAGUCUUUAAUAAAUCUGUGGAUCCAGACAAUAAGCCGCAUCACUGCCAAAAUCUAAUCAGGUGGUCCUUGUGUCACUUCUGACAUUCCCUGGAAAUUUCAUCCAAGUCUGUUAGUGCGUUUUUGAGUGAUGUCAACAGACAAACGCCAACUGUCACAUAACUCCGUCGCGUUCCUUGGCGGAGUAACAAACCAAAGAAACCAAUCCAGUCAGCUUGUAGGAUGGGGCUUGUAUCAAAAUUUGCAUCAAAAUAGCAAGCACAGCCUUGCUUAUAUGUCUGUUACAUAUAUUAAAACAUAGACCAGACAUUUUCCUGAAUAUUUCAAUUUAUCGAUCCUUUUUCCCACUUUGAUAUAUUUAUUUGUUAUUUAGACCUUAUGUAACAUAAAGGCAACAUUGUGGUGAUUUUGGAAUACA